AUGCAUGUGUCCUUCCGCAAGGCCGCAACCAUUGAAACCCCCGAGUUCUAUCUCAAGGCUUGGCAGGUACUGUUGCUGCUGCCCACAGACUCAAAGCUCUGCAGCUGUCAAUCCUCCAACUCCGAAGGAAUACCGAGAGCAAAGUGGCCGAUCAUCCAAUAG